UCCCAGAAUCCCCGGCGAUCCCCGGCAGGCCCCUCCCCCCACCCGAGCUCAUUGUGGGACCCCUCCCCAAUUUUGGGGACCCCUCCCCCGCCCAUGGCGGCCGAGCUGGACAACGCGGAGGCCGCCCCUCCCCCCAACAACAACAACGGCCCCUGGGACCCCCCCGCGGAGCCGCGCGCCUGGGGGGACCCCAAAAUCUUCGAGUGCUCCCGGAUCAAGGCCUUGGCUGACGAGCGGGACGCGGUGCAGAAGAAGACCUUCACCAAGUGGGUGAACGCCCACCUGGCGCGCGCCGCCUGCCGCGUCGGGGACCUCUACUCGGACCUGCGCGACGGCUUCGUGCUCACGCGGCUGCUCGAGGUGCUCUCGGGGGAGACCCUGCCCAAGCCGACGCGGGGCCGGAUGCGGAUCCACUCCCUGGAGAACGUGGACAAGGCCCUGCAGUUCCUCAAGGAGCAGCGCGUCCACCUGGAGAACGUCGGCUCCCACGACAUCGUGGACGGCAACCACCGCCUGACCCUCGGCCUCAUCUGGACCAUCAUCCUCCGCUUCCAGAUCCAGGUGAUCAAGAUCAAGACCGAGGACAACCGGGAGACGCGCUUGGCCAAGGACGCGCUGCUGCUCUGGUGCCAGAUGAAGACGGCGGGCUACCCUGAGGUCAACAUCCAGAACUUCACCACCAGCUGGAGGGACGGCCUGGCCUUCAACGCCCUCAUCCACAGGCACCGGCCGGACCUCAUCGACUUCCACAAGUUGACCAAGUCCAACGCCACCUACAACCUCCAGCAGGCCUUCAACACGGCCGAGCAGCACCUGGGGCUCAGCAAGCUGCUGGACCCUGAGGAUGUCAACAUGGAGGACCCCGAUGAGAAGUCCAUCAUCACCUAUGUGGUGUCCUUCUACCACUACUUCUCCAAGAUGAAGGCGCUGGCGGUGGAGGGGAAGCGCAUCGGGAAGGUGCUGGACCAGGUGAUGGAGAUCGCGGCCAUCACGGCGCGCUACGAGGCGCUGGCGGCCGAGCUGCUGGCCUGGAUCCACCACACCAUCACCAUCAUCACCAACCAGAAGUUCGCCAACUCGCUGACCGGCGUCCAGCAGCAGCUCCAGGCCUUCACCGCCUUCUGCACCCUGGAGAAACCUGUCAAGUUCCAGGAGAAGGGGAACCUCGAGGUGCUGCUCUUCACCAUCCAGAGCAAACUCCGGGCCACCAACCGCAAGCUCUACGUGCCCAGCGAGGGCAAGAGCAUCUCCGACAUCAACAAGGCCUGGACGUGCCUGGAGAAGGCGGAGCACGAGCGGGAGGUGGCCCUGAGGAACGAGCUGAUCCGGCAGGAGAAGCUGGAGCUGCUGGCCCAGCGCUUCGACCACAAGGCCGUCAUGAGGGAGACGUGGCUCAACGAGAACCAGCGCCUGGUCUCGCAGGACAACUUCGGCUACGACCUGCCGGCGGUGGAGGCGGCCAUGAAGAAGCACGAGGCCAUCGAGGCCGACAUCUCCUCGUACCAGGAGCGCAUCCAGGUGGUGGUGGAGCUGGCCCUGGAGAUGGAGUCCGAGGGCUACUACGACACGCGGCGCAUCGGCGCCCAGAAGGACAACAUCCUGCGCCAGUGGGCGCUGCUGACCGAGCUGGUCCGCGCCCGCCGCGCCCGCCUCGAGCAGAACCUGGCCCUGCAGAAGAUCUUCCAGGAGAUGGUCUACAUGAUCGACUGGAUGGAGGAGAUGCAGGUUCUUCUGGUCUCCAAGGAUUUGGGGAAGCAUCUGCUGGAGGUUGAGGACCUCCUGCAGAAGCACGGGCUGCUGGAGGCCGACAUCUCGGCGCAGACUGAGCGCGUCCAGGCCCUCAACGCCGCCGCGCUCAAGUUCUCGGAGCUGGAGGGCUACCAACCCUGCGACCCCCAGAUCAUCUGCAACCGCGUCAACCACGUCCAGACGUGCCUGGAGGAGCUGGAGGAGCUGGCGGCCAAGAGGAGGAAGGAGCUGGAGGACUCCCGCCAGCUCUGGACCUUCUUCCAGGAGAUGGAGGAGGCCGAGGCCUGGAUCCGCGAGAAGGAGAAGAUCCUGGCCGCCAAGAGCUGCGGCCGCGACCUCAGCAGCGUCCUGACCUUGACCAACAAGCACAAGACCAUGCUGGGCGAGCUGGGCAACCGCCGGGCUCUGCUCCACCAGACCAUGAAGAAAGGCGAGAAGAUCCUGGCCAAGAAAUCCUUCAGCUCCGUGGGCAUCCAGGAGAAGAUGCGAGAAGUCUGCUUGAGGUGGAAGAAGCUGGAGGAGAUCACGGGGCUCCACCAGCAGCGCUUGGAGGACGCCUUGAACUUCUUCCAGUUCAGCGCCGAGACGGACGACCUGGUGGCCUGGCUGCAGGACAUCUACCGCAUCGUGUCCAGCGACGACUUCGGCCACGACGACUACUCCAGCCAGGCGCUGCUGCGCAAGCACCGCGCCGUGGUGGACGAGGUGGAGAAGCACCGCGCCGCCGUCCUGGCCCUGCGCAAGCAGCUGGCUCUGCUGGCCCCCGACCACCGGCAGGGCGUGGACAUCCAGAUCCGCGUGGUGGAGGUGGAGCAGCUCUACGGGGAGGUGGCUGAGGUGGCCGUGCUGAGGACGCAGUGGCUGCAGGACGCGCUGGCCGUCUACCGCAUGUUCAGCGAGGUGCACGCCUGCGAGGUGUGGGUGGACGAGAAGGAGCAGUGGUUGGAGAAGAUGGAGGUUCCUGAGGAGCUGGAUGAGGUCGAGGUGGUGCAGCACAGGUUUGAGAGCCUGGACCAGGAGAUGAACAGCGUCAUGGGGCGCAUCCUGGACGUCAACCAGGUGGUGCAGCAGCUGGUGGAUGGUGGCCACCCCAGCUCCGACGAGGUCCGGUCCUGCCAGGACCAUCUCAACAGCCGCUGGAACCGGGUGGUGGAGCUGGUGGAGAACAAGAAGAGCCAGCUGAGCUCCGUGCUGAAGAUCCAGAACUUCCUCCUGGAGUGCAGCGAGAUGAAGGCGCAGGUGCGGGAGAAGAGGAAAGCCAUCGAGGCCACCCAGUCCGGUGGCAGCGACCUGGGCGGGAUCCUGGCCCUGCAGCGCCGCUUGUCCACCAUGGAGGCCGCCCUGGUGGUCCUGGAGCCGCGGCUGGUGGAGCUCCAGCAGGAGGGCGAGGCCUUGGCCGCCGCCCACCCCGGCCGCGCCCUGGACAUCCUGCUGCCCUUCGAGGAGAUCAGCGAGGAGUGGGACAACCUCAAGAGGGCCCUCCAAGGCUGCGAGGACACCUUGACCAUCGCCGGCCGUCUCCAGCAGUUCAUCCAGGACCUGGACAACUUCUUGGGGUGGUUGGUGAAGACCCAAGCGGCCGUGGGCUCCGAGGAGGUCCCCGACAGCUUGGCCGAGGCCGAGAGGCUGCUGAACGUCCACGUGGCCCUCAAGGAGGAGAUCAACGGCUACGAGGAGGACUACGCCAAGAUCCAGGCGGCCAGUGAGCUGCUGGCGCUGGAGGAGAUGGAGGUGCCCUCGCUGUCCCUCCAGCAGUGGCUGCAGAAGCUGGACGCGGGCUGGGGGAAGCUCCUGCAGAGCUGGGAGAUGAGGAGGGAGCUCCUGGUGCAGUCCCACGUCUUCCACCUCUUCCUGAGGGACGUGCAGCAGUGCCAGAGCAGCCUCUACAACCAGGAGACCACGCUGGCCCACGCCGAGCUGCCGGACACGGUGGAAGGGGUGACCAAGGCGCUGAAGAAGCACAAGGACUUCACCACCACGCUGGAGCUGAACCUGCAGAAGGUCCAGCUGGUCCUGCAGGCCGGCGAGAGCCUCCGGCGCCAGCGCAACCUCCACAGCGACCGCGUGGCCGAGGCCAUGGAGGGGCUUCGGGCCAAGAGCCAACGCAACCACCAGCUGGCCCAGGAGUGGACGCGGCGGCUCCAGGACCACCUCGAGCUCCAGAGGUUCCUCCAGGACUGCCGCGAGCUGGAUGCGUGGAUCCGCGAGAAGGCGCUGAUGGCGGGGGACCCCUCGCGGGACCCCCCCCCGCGGGACCCCCCCAAGCCGUGGCUGCAGCACCCCGCGUUCCUGGCCGAGCUGGCGCAGAACCGCGAGUGGCUCGAGAGGAUCGAGAAGGAAGGCGAGGAGCUGGUGCAGGCCAAGCCGGAGCUGAGCGGGGCGGUGCGGCGGCAGCUGGAGGAGCUCAGGAGAUGCUGGCAGGAGCUGGAGAGCACCAGCCAGGCGCGGAGCCGGGCGCGGCGCGGGGCGGCGGGCGCCCUGGCCCGAGCGCCCGGCGUGGGGGCGCGGCUGGGCCGGCUCGAGGAGCAGCUGGAGAGCGUCGGCGGCACCGGCGCCGCCGACCUGCGCAGCGUCAGCCGGCAGCUCAACCGGCUGCAGACGAUGGAGUCGCAGGUGGAGGAGUGGUACAAGGAGGUGGGCGAGCUGCAGGCGCAGGCGGCGGCGCUGCCGGCGCAGGCGGCCGGGCGCGACGCGGUGGGAGAGCGGCAGAGCGCGGUGGGGACGCGCAUCGUGCGCCUCAUCGAGCCCCUCAAGGAGCGCCGCAGGAUCCUGCUGGCCUCCAAGGAGGUCCAUCAGGUCAGCCAUGAGCUGGAGGACGAGGUGAUGUGGGUCCAGGACCGCCUGCCCUUGGCCAUGCUGAAGGACCAAGGCACCAACCUCCAGACCGUCCAGCAGUUCAUCAAGAAGAACCAGAACCUGCGCCGGGAGAUCCAGGUGCACCGGCCCCGCGUGGACGAGGUGUUGGAGCGCGCGGCCGCCGUGGCGUCCAUCAAGAGCCCCGAGGCCGAGGGCGUGAGGGGCCUCCUGGAGCGGCUGGGGACGCUCUGGGCCGAGCUGCAGGAGCAGACGGAGCGCCGGCAGCAGGCCCUGGACGCCACCUACCAGCUGGAGCAGUACUACUUCGACGUGGCCGAGGUGGAGUCGUGGCUGGGCGAGCAGGAGCUGCUCCUGAUGAACGAGGAGAAGGGAAAGGAUGAGCAGAGCACCCUCCAACUCCUCAAGAAGCACCUCCUCACCGAGCAAACCAUCGAGAACUACGAGGAGACCAUCGCCCAGCUCUCCCGCCAGUGCCGCGCCCUCCUGGAGCUCGGCCACCCCCAGAGCGAACAGGUCAGCAGGCGGCAGUCGCAGGUUGACCGGCUGUACGUGUCUCUGAAGGACCUGGUGGAGGAGCGCAAGGUCAAGCUGGAGCAGCAGUACUGGCUCUACCAGCUCAACCGCGAGGUGGACGAGCUGGAGCACUGGAUCGCCGAGAAGGAGGUGGUGGCCGGCUCGCCCGAGCUGGGGCAGGACUUCGAGCACGUCACGCUGCUGCAGGAGAAGUUCCUGGAGUUCGCCAGCGAGACGGGCAGCGUGGGCCAGGAGCGCAUCGCCGCCGUCAACCAGAUGGUGGACGAGCUCAUCGACUACGGCCACACGGACGCCGCCACCAUCGCCGAGUGGAAGGACGGCGUCAACGAGGCCUGGGCCGACCUCCUGGAGCUGAUGGAGACCCGCGCCCAGAUGCUGGCGGCGUCCCACGAGCUGCACAAGUUCUUCAACGACUGCAAGGAGGUCCUGGGGCAGAUCGAGGAGAAGCGGCAGCGGCUGCCCGAGCUGGCGGCGCGCGAGGGCAGGAGCUCGGCCGGCGCCUUGCAGAGGGCCCUGGGCGCCUUCGAGCACGACGUGGAGGUGCUGGUGACGCAGGUGCGGCAGCUGCAGGAGGGCGCGGCGCAGCUGAGGACGCUCUACGCCGGCGAUAACGCCGAGGCCAUCGCCGGGCGCGAGCAGGAGGUGCUGCGGGCGUGGAAGGAGCUGCUGGCGGCGUGCGAGGAGUGCCGGCUGCACGUGGCCAGCGUGGCCGACAAGAUCCGCUUCGUGGGCACCGCCAGGGACCUGCUGGCCUGGAUGGACGGCGUGCUCCACCAGAUGGGCGCCGGCGAGAAGCCCAGGGACGUGUCCUCGGUGGAGCUGCUGAUGAACGACCACCAAAGCCUCAAGACCGAGAUGGAGGCGCGGGCCAAGAACGUGGCCACCUGCCUGGAGCUGGGCAAGACCCUCAUCCUCAGCAAGAGCCCCGCGGCCGACGAGAUCAAAUCCCACAUGGAGAAGCUCCUGGCGAAGAAGAAGGAGAUGACGGAGAAGUGGGACAAGCACUGGGAGUGGCUGCAGCAGAUGCGCGAGGUGCACCAGUUCGCGCAGGAGGCCGUGGUGGCCGACGCGUGGCUGACGGCCCAGGAGCCGCUGCUGAAGAGCCAGGAGCUGGGCAGCAGCGUGGACGAGGUGGAGCAGCUGAUCCGGCGGCACGAGGCCUUCCGGAAGGCGGCGGCCGCCUGGGAGGAGAGGUUCAGCUCCCUGCGGCGCCUCACCACGAUCGAGAAGCUCAAGGCCGAGCAGAACAAGCAGCCGCCGACGCCGCUCCUGACCCGCAAAUUCCUGGGCGAUCCCCCGGGCGGUGCCGACCCUCGCCGGCCGGAGCCGCGCGUCGCCUACGUCCGGCACGAGCUGCGGCCGGAGCGCCUCCAGCCCAAGCUGGACCGCGUCCAGCCGCCGGCCACCGACGGAGCGCCCGCCGAAAGCCACCCCGGCUGCCGUCACCGCCGUCACCGCGGCCACUGAGGCGCCGGCAGCCGCCAAGGCCGAGGAGCCCGGCGAGGUGCGGCCGAGCGGCGCCGGAGCGCCGAGGCGCCGGCUGGAGCGGCAGGAGUCCAGCGAGCCGGAGCCGCCGCGGCACGACGGGAAGGGCGGCGGCAGCAAAGCCACCCUGGCCGACAUCGUGGAGCAGCUGCAGGAGAAGGAGGCGGGUGGCCCCGUGCCGGCUUCGGUGA